CACACCCACCUUUUCCAGCGCAGUAAGAGCAGCACAGACUGGGUUUAGCCUGCUCCCUGAGAACAUGUACAUGGAAAGGAUGGAUCUGCGGGCCUGCGUUCUCUUGUGGAUCAUCUGUUUUAACGUUUCCAGAGCCAAGGCAGAAACAUCAACACAGACAACAGACAAGGCUACAUCGUGUCCCUCCACUUCGACUGUACCCCCCACUCUACCAACAGCAGCUCUGUCAGUGCCUUCCUCAACCACAAUAGGAAAUGAAGCGAGCAAACCAAACACUACGACUGAGCCACUGCAGAGCAAACUGAACACUACGACUGAGCCACUGCAGAGCAAACUGAACACUACGACUGAGCCACUGCAGAGCAAACUGAACACUACGACCAGCAGUUUUCCAUCCUCUCCAGGGGCUGUAAUCUCCAGUAGUACUGAACCAUCUGUAAGCUCUGUGUCUACAGGAAGUUCAACCUCUGAACUAGUGACUACAUCUACGUUGCCCCUGACGACGUCCGCAAGAGGCAACGCAAGAACUGACUUUUCUGGGCUGACAAGUUUAUCAACUCAGACUGAAAACAAAACAUCUUCAUUACUGGCAUCUGCUUUUCCUACUGAACAAACACAAAACAAUCUCACCAUGUUAGCUUUUGGGGUAAUGAGCCUGAUUCUGAUCCUGAUUGUCGUCAUGGUGAUUCUGGUCACUGUCGUUAAUCUGAGAGGGAAGUGCCACCGAUCCAAGGAAGCCGAAGGUAAAAAGUCUGGAGAUUCAGGUGUGUCUGAAAGCAAUUCUGCUAAUUUAGAAAAAGAAAGCAUAACACUGGUCUCCGUGAAAAGCUUGAACACAGAGACAGACUCGCCAAGGAUUUGCUCCACACGUCAUACAACUGUAGCAAAUGAUGAACACGGAGGAAACUGCCAUGAUGUGCACAGCACACAGUUGGUGUAACUGAUCAGCUUUACAAUCUGAGAAGACGGUUGAUCUAUUUGUCAGCAAACACAGGACUAGAAACCAUUAUAAUUCCACUGCUUUACAGGGAGUGGCUCAGUCAGCUAAUUCACCUCAUGCUCUUCACCUCUGGAGUGGCUGGUGAAAUAAGUUUGCUGGUCUGAUCCCAGAGGACAUUAGUGUAUUAGUGUUGGGUUCAAUGUCAGUCUCUGCUUGAGAGGAGCCGGGGCUGAAUGACAGGGUAUUUCCAGUCAGGACUGUGCUCUAGCUGGGAUGGGAAUCUCCUAUAGACUGUGGUCAGUGCCAAUGGUGUGUCAAAAAACAUUUCAAUAAAUAAAUAAAUAUACAUUUCAAUAAA